ACGUGUGUAUCUCUCCAACCCUCAGCAGCUUAUCUCCAAGUAUGGCGCUAGUGGACUCCCGAAUCGGCAGGGUGUCAUCACACGCCGGGGGGGGAGGAGGGGAGGCACGAUAAGGAAGGGCUCUGUGUCCCAAGAUGGCGCGGGCGCGACGGACAGGCGAGGGCAAUGGCGUCGGGGGGCGAUGUUCAGCGUCUAAAUCAGAGGGAGAGGGGGGGAAGGGAGGGCAGUGCGGUCGACGAGAAUCAGGGGCCGGGCGGAAAAGGCGAAAUCAGCCAGGGCACUCGGUGGCUUUCCCCGCCGCUACCGCAACCUGGAUGGAGGAGGGGGAAGGGGCAAGGAGGUGGUCUGAAGGGUGGGAUGGCCGAUUGAAAAGAUUGCUGCAGUGUAAGACCACCAACCACGUCACGGUAGCCCGGUUGAGAAGACACGAUCGGAAGGGAGGACGAGGAGGGGAAAAGAUGGAUAGAUGGAUGGAUGGAUUAAGGUGCGGGUUCAAGGCGGUCGGGCGGUCGAGCGGUCGGUCUCGCUACUCGCUAGGUACUCACUCGUCAGCCAGUCCGUGGGUUCUUCUUCCCCGUUGACUCCAACGGUCCAGGCACGGUGGAGGAAUCAUCCGCCUGCUGAAUGCUGAUGCUUCCAGCUUCCGACUACUAUCUCAUUCUACUGGCAAUCCUCGAUGCCCCAAUUGUGCGGACCCAUCCAACUCAAACCGGGCCCAAAGGGUCAUGAUGCCCCGUCAUGGGCCCUUUCCGCGCCGUUAUUUAUAGCACCCGCACAGGGUCCUGGUAACACCGCCAUAAGACACCGUCCUUUUUGGAACCCUCAGCUGAGCUGAUCUGAUGCACCAGUGCCC